AAUGUCAAUUUAAAAACGUAAAAGAAUCUUUGAUUCUUCUGAUGAUCAUUCUCCAAUAAGAAUUGUAUAGAAAUAUUGUGCAGCUAAUCUCUGUUUUGAUGAGGAUACAAAGAAUCAUUUUAUUAAAGAAAUUGAAGAAAGAAAAAAGAAAAUUAGCUCAAUUUAGGUAUCAUUUACUAAAGAAGAAGUUGAUAAAGUCAGAGAUUAUACACUAAAUAAAUUAAAUCUUACAGCUUAACAAAUUUAGAAGCAAAUCAAUCAAAUUAAGCCUACAGAGAUUAAUCAUAAAACAUUUGAAGAUAAAGCAAUUGAUUUUGAAAAUAAAAGAAAUAAAAUAUAUACAAAAUUUUAAGAAGAUAUUAAAGUCAUUGAUUAAUCAAUUUCUAAUUGUAUCACUGAAUAAGAACUCUAAUAAUAAUUAUCAAGUAUAAUAAAAUUAUAAUACUAGAAUAUAAAGUACCUGCAACUUGUAUUACAAAAUGGACUUGUGAUGGAUUUUUAGAAUAAAGUUUGGCUGAAAUAUAAAGCUUUUCUACUGAAAUCCACAAAUAGUUGAAUGGAUAUUCAAAGUAAUUGUAACCUCCUCCCUCUUCUGAUAUUUAGUAAUUAAAUUCAUUAUUGGAAUCAACUAACAACUAUGAUGAAUUGUAAUGUGAUAUGUUAGAAUUAGAAAAACAAAUGGCAGAAUUUUAAAAGCAACUUGAACUUGAAGUUUGA